AAAAGCAAAAGAGUUCAGCUUUUUCGCUUCUCAGUUCAUUGAAGUAGAAGACAAAUUCACGUAACGUUCGCGCUACAUGGUGCAGAGCGUGAGUGUGGAUCCGGAUCGGGAAUCGGAGCCGUUCAUUGAAUUGGAUCCGACGGGGAGAUAUGGGCGGUACGACGAGCUAUUAGGUUAUGGAGCAGUGAAGAAGGUGUACAGAGCGUUUGAUCAGGAAGAAGGGAUUGAAGUAGCUUGGAACCAAGUGAAAUUGCGUAAUUUCAUGGAUGAUCAGCAGGUGAUUGACCGGCUGUAUUCGGAGGUUCGGCUAUUGAAAACUCUAAAGCAUAAGAACAUAAUUGCAUUGUACUCUGUUUGGAGGGAUGAAAAUCGCAACACGUUGAAUUUCAUAACCGAGGUUUGUACCUCGGGGAAUUUGAGAGAAUAUAGGAAGAAACACAAACACGUAUCGAUGAAGGCAGUGAAGAAGUGGUCUAAGCAGAUUCUUAAGGGAUUGAACUAUUUGCAUACUCAUGAACCUUGUGUUAUUCAUAGGGAUCUCAAUUGCAGUAAUGUCUUCAUUAAUGGCAAUAUUGGUCAGGUUAAGAUUGGUGAUUUGGGUUUUGCAACUAUAGUAGGGAAGAGUCAUUCAGCCCAUUCGGUUCUUGGAACCCCAGAGUUCAUGGCACCGGAGUUGUAUGAUGAGGAUUAUACUGAGCUGAUUGAUAUCUACUCGUUUGGGAUGUGUGUUUUGGAGAUGGUGACGUUGGAACUACCUUAUAGUGAGUGUGAUAACGUGGUGAAGAUAUACAAGAAGGUAAUAUCCGGAGUGAGGCCUAAGGCCAUGGACAAGGUUAAAGAUCCUGAGGUCAAGAAGUUCAUUGAGAAGUGUCUUGCUCAGCCUAGGGUUAGACCCUCUGCUUCUGAACUCCUUCAAGACCCUUUCUUUAAUGAUAUUAAUGAUGAUGACGAAAACGACGAUGAAGAGUAUACUAGUAACAACUUUUGGCAUGCUUAGAUCAGCCAUAGCUAUUAUUUGCUAGUACUAGUAUAUUAGUUAGUUGUAUUAGGUUUUGUUGUGGAGUUUUUGGUGUUGAUUUGUUGCUUGUAGUGUUUUUGCCUUUUCUUCCAAAAAGAAUAAAAGAAAAUGGUUUUGCUUUUUAUUAUGAAACUAUUGCAAAAGAAAAAACAAUAGAAAAGAGUGGAUUUUGGUCAAGGAGUUUGUACAUACAU